CUCGCCAGGCCCAGAACUCUCUCCAGUCAGCCUCUACAGACCAAGCUCAUGACUCACAAUGGCCUAUUGAGGCCCAUACCCUACCUCACGGCAGUCUCCGCAGAUGAGCCUACUGCCUCACAACAGCCUCCACAGGCACAGCUCCAUCGUUACAAUGGCCUCUUUAGACCCAGCUCCUGCCUCCCAGCCUUCUCUCCAGGCCCUGAACUUUCUCCACUUAGAAGGUUUUGACUCCGUGGUAUCAUCUACUGAGAAACUCAGUCAUCCGACCACAAGCAGACCAAAAGCUACAGGGAGGCGGCCUCUGUCCCAGUCCCUCACAUCUUCAUCCCUUUCAAGCCCUGAUAUCUUCGACUCCCCAUGUCCCAAAGAGGAUAAGGAGGAACACAUUUCACUUGCGCACAGAGGAGUGGAUGCGUCAAAGAAAACUUCCAAGACUGUUACCAUAUCCCAAGUGUCUGACAACAAAGCAUCCCUGCCGCCCAAGCCAGGGACCAUGGCAGCAGGUGGCGGUGGGCCAGCCCCUCUGUCCUCAGCGGCGCCCUCCCCCCUGUCAUCCUCUUUGGGAACAGCUGGACACAGAGCCAACUCCCCGUCUCUGUUCGGCACGGAAGGAAAACCAAAGAUGGAGCCUGCGGCCAGCAGCCAGGCGGCCGUGGAGGAGCUAAGGACACAGGUCCGCGAGCUGAGGAGCAUCAUCGAGACCAUGAAGGACCAGCAGAAACGAGAGAUUAAACAGUUAUUGUCUGAGUUGGAUGAAGAGAAGAAAAUCCGGCUUCGGUUGCAGAUGGAAGUGAACGACAUAAAGAAAGCUCUACAAUCAAAAUGAAUACUUGAUCAAUGAAAUGUCACAUUAUUCAUCCUGAGUCCGAGACUCAAAUUUUCUGCCCCAGCCAAAAUAAUCUUGUGCCAAAAGAUUAAAGGUUUGCCUCAAAAUGUCCCUGUUUGAAAGAUUAGCACAAAAGUCUUGAUAGCACAACACAAAUUCCAUCCAAGAGGAGAAUCUUCCCCAGGGUUUAGUCCUGGGGCUGGCACUCGUUGUGACUUACACAGAGCAAAAUUGUGCUAAAGGCUUUUCUACUCUGAGAUCUCAAUGCGAAAUGAAAACUCAGGCAGCUUAGUCCAUAGUGGUACUAUUUUGAUGAUAUUUUCCAUUAAUAAAAUGUAAUUUCAGAUUAUUCGUUUACAAGCUUUAUAAUUUUAUGAUUUUUUAAUCGUGUUUUGUCACAGACUUCCCUAGUGUUUGUACUACACGUAGUCAGAAGCGAGUGUCCUUUUCUUUUGCUUCAGGCUAAGAGCUGCCUCGCUCUUUGUCCCCCCAUUAGGAUUCUAUUACAUAUGCAAUUGUAGGUUCAACCUGUCCCUUUCCCUGCCAGCAAACCCCACCACCCUAAGAGAAAUUUUAGCUUAUAUAUGAUGGUAUAUUUACAAAAAGAGAAAGAGAAAGUCUGGUAUUUGCAAUGAUCUGUGCCUUCUUUUUACCACCCUCUUGAUUGGAGCUUUUGUGAUGCAGCUACCAUGAUUCAAAAAAAUUAAAAAUUAAAAAAAAAAAUCUGCCACUUAUCCAAGUCCACUAGAGGCCACUGUCUUCAAAGCUUCUCUCACCCUAGCCAAAGGUCCUAAGAGGAGACAGCUGUGAAGUUGGGCGUGCUCUGUGGUACCAGCUGUGACUUUUCUAUUUCUCCUAGUUUUAGGUUGUUCAUGAAACUAGAAAUGUCAUCCUGCUUGAUUUUUCAUCAGCCAAGUUAAACUCCUGCUUUCUGUCCUUUGCACCUUUUGCGUGAACAGAAUAUGCAUUAUUAAAGCAAAAAUAAAUAAAAGUAAAAUGCAAAUGAAAACAA